GAAGAUUUACGUUGUGGCAAAAUGGAAAAAACUUCCGAUGCAGCCGAUGAUAUUAUGAAAUCUGAUAAACUUGACCUCAUGAAUUAUCCUCACAUUAUUGACGAAUUAGCCGAAUGGUCCAUUAAUUUGGAUUCCAAGCUGUCGGCAGAUAAUAGUUAUUCUGUUGCAGUAGAUUUGUUACGUUGCCGAAAUAUUUCAUUAUCAAGUGUACAUCCCUCCUCACUCAAUCUGUCUUCGGAUGACAAGUUACCAGCUAAUAAAGAGUCAGAUUCAUCCUCACUUUCCAAGAUAAAUUACCUUUUGUAUAACACCUGGAGAAAAUUGUCGGAUGUACUGACUUUUUGGUUCCCACCUUCCCAAGUUUUAGUCACUUACGCUCAUUUACGCGAAAAUAAUUGCCCUUGGCAAUUAGGUUAUCUUUCAUCUGAGUCCGUUCAAGGUCAGGCUUUGUGUCUUGUAGCCACUCAUUGGCUAGAGUUAAUGGAAUUGCCAAAUAGACUUCAAAGUUCUAAUUCCUCGUCAUUAAACGAUUUGAAACAAUCAAAUGAUAUCACUCCAUUUGAACUUAUUCAAUCACCUAACAUAAGCUCUACAUAUGUUGAGUCAGAUGUCAAUCAGAUUGUUACAAAUCAUUCUACCAGGAUAACAAGAAAGUGGUAUCUAAGUUACGUGGACCCAUGUCCACAGUGGCGCAUAGUUACUUUUUUAUCGUAUAAACCUAGUGAAACAUUUGAGUACGAUUUAUCAGCCAAUGGCUCAAAUUCAACUUUGGAUAAUCUGUAUUAUAUAACCGCUAUAGGUUAUAGUAAUGGUUCCAUUGAUAUAAUUGACCUAUCAAUUGAUGAAAGUGAGAGGCCUAACUUGGACCAAAAUAUUCGACGUAGUCGGAUUUUCAUUCCAUCUCCUUUUACACAGUCGAUCGAUUCGUUUGGUUACAAGAAACCACUCUUUCCCAUUGUUUUAUUGUCUUUCAUUGAUAUAUCUCACCUUUUAGUGGGUCAUUUCAGAGGUCAUGUAGAUUUGUGGCAUUUAGAUUGGAAAGCGAAGAGUUUCCCAGCUCGUAUGAUGAUGAGAAUUUAUUCUAUCAGUACUUACAAAGCUUCUAAACCACCUCCUUUAUUGUCAGCUGUAUUUGACUCAUCGUCCAGUUUGCUUGUUUUAUCUUGUUUACCAAACGUCAAUGUAUCUGUAUCCAAAUCAAUGCAUAGAAAACUUGGACUAUCAUGUUAUUAUGUGUCCAAGAAGGCACCUUAUUUAAUUCCAGCCUCCUCCAGUUCAACAUCUGAUGUAAUACCUGGUGGAUUGAUGAGUUUAUAUAGUGCAUGGAAGGACACAUCAGUUCAUUUACUAUGCAACCUAUUUCGUCGCAACAGUUACCUGACUUGCGAUAACACAGAUGCAAUCACUUCUAUGACUUUGGCGAAUUUCAGUACUACUUCACUUCCAAUUUUUUCAUCUUCAGAUAUAUCCGACCAAUUAUUGCUUGGUAGCCUUCAUUCGUCAGGUUCAUAUUCUGUAUGGUUGAUUCCAUCUUUUGAAUUGCUUCUUCUGAUUGCCAAUCCUCAAAGUAGCCCCAACCUCUCAUUAUCACCAAUGAAUCAGGCUUCUAGUAUGUAUAGUAGACCUUUCCGAAUAGCUUGGUGGGGCAGACCUUCAGAAUCAGAUGAAUUAUUAAAUCAAACUAUUCAAUUAUGUGUUCUUCAUGAAAAUGGUUCAAUUGAUUUGUUAGAUAUAAAAAAAUGUGGCACAGAAUUUUAUCCUAAAAUAGCAAGAAAACUUGAAAGUUUAAAAUUAUCAAAAUUUCCUGUAUUUGCUACACAUUCUACUGUUCAAUCUAAUCCUCAAUCUUGUUUCUCUGAAGUUGUCCUGUUAUCUUCUUGUUUAAAAGAAGAUUCUGAAUCUAACAUUGUACAUCAUUCAUCUAAAACUAUGAUUUUUCAUCAUUGUAUACGAUGUACCCGAUUAAAAUCAACAACAUAUCAUGGAUUAUUUGAUCAUUAUAUACGUAUAGGUAAAUUUCAUAAAGCUUUAGAAUUAAAUAAAUCCAAUAAAAGGAUGAAUGAUGAAAUUGUCUAUAAACAAAUGUGGAUUAGAUUAAGUAAUGAAUUUUGGAAAAUCAAUAAUUUUCAACAAUUUCUUCAUUCAACAUUAGAUCCAAUUCAGAAAAUUCAUCCAUUAUGGAUUAUCAAACAAUGUUUAAAUUAUCUGCCAAAAUUUGUACCGUCCAAUUUAAAUUAUACUUUAUUACUUUCAAUUAUUCAAUUAGUUUUAAAUUAUGGUUUAAAUUUAUUAAUAAAUAAUAAACAUUUAAUAAAUAAUGAUCUUUGGUAUUCAACUAUACAUGAUCGUUUCUUAACUUAUCUAGCUCAUAUUCAUUGUAUUGAGUUAAUCAUAAAAAAUGAAUUACAAUCUGAUCCAUCAAUGAAUGAUGAAUCAAUUCAUUUACAUCUUAUUCAUCAUGAAACAUAUCAACCUUGUAUUCAAGAGAUUCUAGAAUUUAUUGAUCAUUUACGUAUUCAUUCAUUAUUGUUUAUUGCUUUAAAUUAUGCUGAUCAUCAACAAUUUAUUGCAUUAAAUACUUUAAUUGAUUAUUUCCCAAAAUCUAUCGGUUUAUAUCGAUUAUUGAUUGGAUCUCAUUUAUCCGAGACAAUUAAUCCAAAUUUAUAUUUUAAUAAACUAUUUCAUUUACAAUCCAUUUCACAAAACAAUCAAACCGAAUCUAUUAUUGAUAUACAAAAUGAUCAUCAUAAUGAGAUGAUGAUAAUGAAGAGUGUACAAUGUAAUUUUUCCAUUUCAUUAUAUCUGAAUGUAGAAAUUUUAAAUAAUCCAUUGAAAUUGGUGAAAAUUUUCUCUUCUUGGUUCAUUGAACGAGCUAUACAAAUUGAUACACGGUCUGGUUUAACUAAUUAUGCAUUAAAUUUAAUUUCUAUGGGUUUAUCUAUGUGUGAAGAAAUUUUAAAAGGAAAUCCUAUUGAUCAUGAAGUAGAAGUAUGUUUAAAAUCAUUGAGAAAAGUUCAUCGAGAUUUUAUUGAAUUAGCACAAAUUAUCUACAAUGAAAAUAUAUCUCCAACUACAACACUACAAAUUUCUAAUGAUUUUACAAAUAUAAUACCUCAAGAAUGUAAUAAUAAUAAUAAUAAUAAUAAUAAUAAUAAUAAUAAUAAUAAUAAUAAUGGCAGUACAAACGAAUGUAUCAGAGCAUUUCAGUUGAAAAUGAAAAAUUUCCAACAUUUCGAUUCUAAAUUCAUUUUAACUCUUCUACUUCGAAUUAGUUUGAAUCUUAUCAACUCGGAUAAUCUACAUAAUACAUCAUCAUCAUCAUCAUCAUCUGUUAAUUCGGAUAAAUUAGUCUCAUUUGUUGUUUAUCAGUUAUUACCACAUUUAGCUGAGAAAUGUUCUCCAUCUGAUUAUCAACAAUUAAUUAAUCAUUGUCUUUUGUAUGCGGCAAAUUACAUAGGUUUAACUGGUCACCUCAAACUUUUGGAGUCAGUUAAAUUGGGAUCUUUAACUGAUUUUAGUGAUUAUUUGUCAAUAAAUCUAACUGAUGCAGUCGUUUUGAAUAAUGAUUCUCAUGUUAAUGAUUAUCUAACUAUUUUAAACCCAUAUCGACUAUUAAAUGGAUUAGUUUAUGUUUUGAAAGAAUAUGAACUGGAUCAUAAAGCUGAUCAACUAUUCAAUCAAGAACCGAUUGUAUCAUUAUCAACAUACUUAAAUACUGCUAAUCAACUUAUUCAAUCAAUGCUUAUUUAUUGUCAAGAUUAUAAAAUGAUUAUUUUACAAUUUACUAAUGAAAUAGAUUAUAAAAACUUAUUAGAAAGUAUUCAAUUGAUAAAUCAAUUUAUUCUAGCUUUCAUUGAAUUUCAAUCAUUGAUACAAUCCAUUGAAAAAUGUAUUGGUUCAUCAAUUCAAUUACCUUUCAAUUCUAUUGGAUCAUUUUAUCGAUGUAGUCAAGAUGCAAAAUAUUUUUGUCAUCUAUUAAAUAAUUGGAUGCAAAUAUUCAGUCGAUUAGCUAUGACAUAUGAAUAUAAAGAUAAUAUCUCUGAUGAAUUAAUUCAUGAUAGUAAUCAUAAACGUAUACAACGAUCACAGAUUUCUGAAUCAACUAUAAAGAAACUCAAUGAUACUUUUUGUCAAUUCUACAAAAUUCUGUCAAAAGCAUUUCAUCAUUGUCCAUCUGAAUCAUGGUUAGAAAUUGGUUUACAAUAUACAUUAUUCGCUUCAGGUAAUGAAUAUUUUCUUGAAUUAUCAAGAAAUUUCUGUUUAAACUUCAAUGAAUCACGUAUAAAUUUACAAAAAACUAUUGAAUUAUCUGAAAAUGCAUUAAAUACAUGGAGAAUUUGUUUAUUAAAUGCUAUUCGUACUUAUGUGAAUACAUCUGUACCAAUAAGAUCCGAUUUAAAAGUGGUAUUUACUGAUUCUCAAACAUCAUCAUCAUCAAAUGUCUAUUCUAAUAGAAUUAUGGAUCCUAAUGAACGUUUAGCACGUCAUUGUUUAUCCAUUAUUGACUCAUUACAUAAUCAAAUGAAUUGGAAUCAAUCAUUGUUAUUAGAAUUUCAUAUAGAAAAAUGUUUAUUAGAUGCAUCAACAUUUCUCGGAACAAUUCAUAAAAUAUUAUCACCAUCAAUAAUAUCAUCAUCUUAUUUACCAUAUAAAUUAAGAUAUUUAUGGUGUACUACUACUACUACCACCACCACUAAUAAUAAUGAUAAUAAUCAAUCGAAUGAAUUAUGUAAUAAACGUAUUGAUUUAUUGAUUGAUGCAUUCAAUAAAUUAAUUAAAUUAUUUUCCAUAGAUACUAAAACUAAUUAUGAUAAUAAUUAUUUAAAAAAUUUAUUUAAUUCAAUAUUAUUACAUAAUAUAGCUAAUAGUUUCUUAAUAAACAUUGAACAAGUAAAAAGAUGUUUUGUUCAUUCCAUGUAUCAUUAUAUCAAAUUAAAUACAAAUGAUAAUUAUCCUAAUGUAUAUUUAUUACAUUUAACUUAUAAUUAUUUAAAUGAUUUAAUUGAAUUACGUAAUGAAUUAUGUUGGCAUGAAUGUGCUAAUUGGGCUGGUUAUGAAUCAGAAUUAUAUGAUCCAUCAGAUAUUUUUAAUCAUCAUCAUUAUACUACUCAUAUUAAUAAUAGUAGUAAUAAUAAUACUAUUGAGAAAUUUGAUAAUAAAUUAUAUUCAUGGACAUAUUUACAUGCAUUAUAUAAUAUUGAACGUUCAAAAUAUAAUUUCACUAAUAUGAAUAUAGAUAUAAUGGAAUUAUGGAAUGUUGAACGUUAUCGUUUACGUUUAGCUAGAUAUGCAUUAGCAUAUUGUAAGUCAUUAGAAUAUUUCUAUGAUUUAUGUAAUUUUAUUGGAUUAUGUACACUACGUCUUGAAUGGAUUACAUUAUCGAUUAUUAUGUUAAAUAAUAAUAAAAAAGAAGGUAGUAAUAUUAAAAAGUUAUCUCGUAAUAUGUAUAAACAACUGGUUAAAUUAAUAUCAUCGGAAUAUCAUCAAUUAGAAACUGAGAAUCAUAAUAAUAAUAAACACGAUAAAGGUAUUACAUUAUGUUUACCACCAUAUUAUUCAGAAUUAACAAAUGAUCUAUUCACUGAAUUAAGAUCAAAUAUAUUCGAUGAACUGGAACCAAUUAAUUAUCCUAAUUAUGGUUUAAAUGAACAACGUCUAUGGUUUGCUUUUCUUAUUCAUUGGGCUAAAUUGAAUCAAAUCAAUAUAUUUAAUGAUCAUGAUCAUGAUGAUGAUGAUUGUAAUCCUAAUAUUAUUUGGUGUAAAACAUUUUUAGAAGUAAUGAAUCGUGAUACACGUUUAGCAAUUAGUUAUUCAGCUAUUGGUUCAAAAUGUUGUCGAUUUUAUUCAUCUAAUUCAAUAUCCUAUUUGAAUUAUAUAAAUCAAGUUAGUUCUGUUCUAUUACCAUUUAUGGAAUCAUCUAGUAUUUCUGAGAAUUUCGAUAGUACAUGUCGUAUUGUAUUAGUUCUAUUAUGUUAUAUUUUAAUAUCAGUUUAUGAAUAUAAAACUAUUGAAUAUUGUCUUCCAUGUGGAUGUUUUCCAUCAGGUAAAUAUUUAUGUUCAAAAUAUUGUUCUUUUAUUACAUCUAAUGAAUUUAGUCAAGAAUUUAAUCAACUUCAUAAACAACUUAUUCAUACAUUGUCAAUUGUUUUAAGAGAAAGUCUUAUUCAUCGUCUUGUUAGUAAAUUUCCAAGUAUUGAUUUUGUACGUUUUCAUAAUGAUCAAAACUAUCGAGAAGAUACUAUAUAUGGAUUAUGUUCAACGAAUUUUUCACUUGGUCUACGAUUAUGUUCAUGUUAUAAUCUUUCACAAAUUGAAGGUAUAUUUUGUCGUCUUGAAUAUUUAUUCCGUGAUGAAGAUUAUACUAAUGAUAAAAUUAAAAAAAUGAUAAAUCAUAUUAUUCAAUGGAUUUUAAUAUAUCCAAAUGGAAUGGAAAUUUUAAUUCAUCGUAUCCAACAAACUAUUUAUCCAUUUCUAAUACAACUUUCACAAAUAAAAUUAUUUUUUGAUGUAUUACCUAAUGAGUGUGAUUUACAGGUAGUUGAUGGUGUUAAAAUACAAUUACAUCGAAAGAUAUUGGAUAUUUUAUCAAAAUUAAACGUUGAUGAUACAUUUUUCAAUUGUUUAAAUUAUCCUGAAUUCCUCAAUUCUCUUCAUCAAUCUUCUGAAUUGCAUAAUCAUCCACUUUUUAACUUUAUCCAAACUAAAUCUGAUGCAAAUGUUGUAGCGAAAAUUGUUGAACAAAUACAAACUGAUGAUAACAGUAAUGAGAUCACAUCUCUACAAGUUGGUGAUAUUUAUGCAAUAUUUGGUUUAAGAGUGUUUUAUGACUCGACAUUAUUUGAAUCUUUCAAAAAUAUGUCUGAUUUAUUAAAAUUAUUUGAAUUGAUCGCUCCAGGUAACACUUCAAAUGAUGUUUCACGUUUUGUAAAGUGGUUGGAUGAGUUGUUAUAUGAUAGUACAUUUUCAGAAAAUUUAUCUAUUAGUCAACGUCGUUUGGUUUUGAAAUCGGCACAUUCUUUUGUUUCAAGAUUAAAUCAACCUACUACUGAAAAGAUGAUCAAUGAUUAUGUAUUAAAUUUCAAUCAAAUUUUAUAUUUAUUAAAUAAUAUUUUAUUCCCUCAAGAGAAUACCAUUCACAAUGAUCAAGAUGAUUUCAAUGAAAUAGAUCUAAAUAAGAAUUUUAUUAAUAAAUUCUUAUUACCUAAAGAAUUCUAUUCUAAAUUAAUUAGUAUAAAACCAACUAAUCAAUUAGCUAAAGUUAAUUUCUUUAAAGAGUUUAUCUUUACCAUCAUUAAUAAUCCUUUGAAUAGUAUACAUCAACAUAGUAACAAUGAUAUGUCAUCUCAUUCGGUUUGUUUAAAUAUUGCUGCAAAAUUACAAAUUCUUGGCUGUUUAUUACCACAUUGUUUGAAAACGUUAAAUAUUGAAAAUGAAAUUUGGUUAAAUAUUCUACAAGAAAACUUAUCUAUUUGUUUCUCAUUAUUAUCAUCAAUAUUUACAUUAAACUUUGAAUAUUUCUCACAAAUUAACAUAAAUCAACAACAACAACAACAGGAACAAAUAUCAACACAAAUGUUUACUAAUUCACAAGUUCACUUAAUUUAUCCACAUCUUAAUGAUUUUCUUAAUUUAUUUAUCAAAAAUGAUGAUGAUGAUGAUGAUGAUGAUCCUGAUCAUGAUCAUGAUCCAUUGAAUGAUCCAUAUCGAAUUGAUUCUAUAGAACUUUUAACUUGUCUUUUAUCAAAUACAACUAUACGUCGUUUAUUUGGUAAAAAUUUAUUAAAAUCUUAUUCUAAUCCUAUUAAUGAUUGGGAUGAAUUACAUUUUACUAAUACACUUACAAUAUUCAUGAAAACAUUAAAUUAUUUACAAAAUUCUUCUAAUAAUUCACAAUUAUCAGAAUUCAAUAGUCAACUUUCAUUAUUAUCCAUUGAAAAUGAUGUAAAUCAAUUUCAAAAUAGUAUAAUACAGUUAUUUGAACAAAAUUUAAUGAUGAUUAAUAGUGAUGAUGAUGAUCAUCAUCAUCACUUGAGGAACAAUUUCAUGGAGGAUUCAUUUACUAUGAUUAAGGAAAAUGUAGAACUAUUGAGAUCAAUUAUUGAGUUAAUUGAUCUGAUCAUAAUCGACGACAUACUACCAGAUAAAUGUGAUUUUCUCCAAAAUUUAUGGAUACUAUGGUAUCAAUAUUGUGAAAAGUCUGGUAUAAUUUUUAUGAACAAUGAAUUAUUCAACUCUGAAUUAUUCAUAUAUCAAUGGACAAAAUUUUGUAUUCCACCAAUUGAAUUUACUAAAGCUGGACUGAAACGAUUAUCAGAGUAUUACACUUUCAAUAAAUCAUUUCCAUCUUAUCCAAUUACAUAUCAAGCUGCCCUACUUAGCAAUGGUUUAUUACAAUCUAAUAUUGAUUUGAUCAAUUCUACAUUGUCUAUUUUAUCGAAUAUAACAGAUAAUGAUUCGAUUAUUCAUUAUUUAGAUUCAUAUGUUUGUUGUUAUUUCAUAUGUAAUCACUAUAAAUAUUACUUAAAUUUAAUGAAUAAUAGUAGUACAUGUAAUGAUCCAAUCAUUUCUAGGAAAUUCUUUUCUAAACUAUUCACUUCAUUGAUUAACUUACUUCAAUCAAAUCAUUCUAAUCAAAUGAUUUAUUAUAAAAUGGGAUAUAAUUUCUGUUUAUUAUUACGUAAUGAGAAUAUGUGGUUAGAAGCAGUGAAGAUUUAUCGGAUUAUUCAUCGAAUCGACACCAAUAAAUUACCAAUAGAAUAUCUUAUGAAAUUAAUUCAUGAAUUAAAAUGGAUUGAAGAAUAAAAUUAUUAUUAUUAUGUAAUAUCUUUCAUUAAAUAUUUUCUACUGUAUAGAAACUGUCUUUUCUUUCUUUCUUUCUUUCUUUCUUUCUUUUUGUUUUGUUUGUUUGGUUUUAUUGUUCAAUGUUUUUUUUCUUUGUGAAUAAAUUAUUUUUUUGUCUUUCAUUUCAUGUUGUUGUUUUUGUUUUGUUUUAUAUGAGAUUAUGUAUCUUAAAAAGAUUUUAAUUAGAGUUCUUAAAAUAAUCUGGUAUUAGAAGUGGUUUUGUGGAGAUUUUAGCAAUUCGAAUCAUUGAGAUCAUGAACCGAUUGAUGUUAGACCAUCAUGGAAAACCUGGAAACACUGGAUGGCCGUUUUGUCCUAUUAUGGAACUCCUCAGCAGUGCUCAUCCAAGACCCCGACCAUAUACUCACUAGUGACCGGUUUCAAGAAGUAUAUCCUGAAGUUCUAGUGCGAAGCAGUGACCUGUGGAGUUCAACCGAGUCAGUUGUGAGAUAGUAACCCACUGAUGACAAUGGUAGAUGUGUCGCUCAAUUUCGUGGAUUAAUUGAUGUUCUACGUUAACACCGUUGGAUGCCGGCUGGUUCAAUGGCCUAGUGAUUAAGUGCUCGCGCGUGAGACCAGUUGAUCCUUGAUUCGAAUCCCGCGAGCUGGAUCGCGGUUGCGCACUGUCACUAAGCAGUCCCGCAACAGAACGAAACGGCCAUCGAGGUUUUCCAUGAUGGUCUAGAUUCAAUUGACUCAUAAUCUAGUAUUUUUGAUGUUAAUGUUGUAUCCAAUUAAAUCUGGUUCAAUAUGGGUUGUUCCUGUAAAUGUAAAAUAUUGCUUUAGAUUUCCUUUUUAUCAUUAUAUGUUGAACACUUCACUUAUCUUCGAAAUUUCAUCAGAACUGAUCGAUUGGUGUCUGAGGAUAUAUUGGUAGGAAUUCUAAACAUUCGCCUAACUUUCCUUAACUUGUAAUGUCUGACAAAAAAGGACGAUUAUACUGCACAGCAAAUCA